GCAUUUCCCUCCACACCCAGGCACCACCACCACCACCCAUCUCCCCUCCUCUCCUCCUCGUCUUCCUCCUUCGGGCCUCCGUUGCAGGUUGCAGGUAACAGAACCGAAGAAAUCCUUUUGGAAUGGGUGCCUUCAUCCUCCUCCUCUGCUUGCUCGUGCCGUUGGUGCUCGUGUGCGCCGUCCGCGCCAGGAAGGGCGCCGGCGGGCGGUCGUCGUCGGGCGGCGGCAAGAAGGGCAGGCUGCCGCCGGGGUCCAUGGGGUGGCCGUACGUGGGCGAGACCACGCAGCUCUACUCCUCCAAGAACCCCAACGUCUUCUUCGCCAGGAAGCGUAACAAGUACGGGCCCAUCUUCAAGACGCACAUCCUCGGGUGCCCCUGCGUCAUGGUGUCCAGCCCGGAGGCCGCCAAGUUCGUGCUCGUCACGCAGGCGCACCUCUUCAAGCCUACCUUCCCGGCCAGCAAGGAGCGGAUGCUGGGCCGCCAGGCCAUCUUCUUCCAGCAGGGGGACUACCACACCCACCUCCGCCGUCUCGUCUCCCGCGCCUUCUCCCCCGAGGCCAUCCGCGGCUCCGUCUCAUCCAUCGAGGCCAUCGCCCUCCGCUCCCUCGGCUCAUGGGAAGGCCAUGAAGUCAACACCUUCCAAGAAAUGAAGACUUACGCUCUGAAUGUGGCAUUGCUGUCCAUCUUCGGGGAGGAGGAGAUGCAGUACAUCGAGGAGCUGAAGCAGUGCUACCUGACGCUGGAGAAGGGGUACAACUCGAUGCCGGUGAACCUGCCGGGCACGCUGUUCCACAAGGCCAUGAAGGCCCGGAAGCGGCUGGGCGCCAUUGUGGCCCACAUCAUCUCAGCCCGGCGCGAGCGGGAGCGCGGGAGCGACCUCCUGGGCUCCUUCAUGGACGGCCGCGAGGCGCUCACCGACGACCAGAUCGCCGACAACGCCAUCGGCGUCAUCUUCGCCGCGCGGGACACCACCGCCAGCGUGCUCACGUGGAUGGUCAAGUUCCUCGGCGACAACCCCGCCGUCCUCAAAGCCGUCACCGAAGAGCACGCCGAGAUCGCGAGGGAGAAGGCGUUGUCCGGCGAGCCGCUGUCGUGGGCAGACACGCGGCGGAUGCGGGUGACGGGCCGGGUGAUCCAGGAGACGAUGCGGGUGGCGUCCAUCCUCUCCUUCACCUUCAGAGAGGCCGUCGAGGACGUGGAGUACCAAGGGUACCUGAUCCCCAAGGGCUGGAAAGUGCUUCCCCUGUUCCGGAACAUCCACCACAACCCCGACCACUUCCCCUCCCCCGAAAAGUUCGAUCCUUCACGAUUCGAGGUGGCCCCCAAGCCCAACACGUUCAUGCCGUUCGGGAACGGGACCCACUCGUGCCCCGGCAACGAGCUGGCCAAGCUGGAGAUGCUCGUCCUCUGCCACCACCUCGCCACCAAGUACAGAUGGUCUACCUCCAAGUCCGAGAGCGGCGUGCAGUUCGGCCCCUUCGCCCUGCCCAUCAACGGCCUCCCCAUGACCUUCACCCGCAAGGCCUGAUCUAUGUCUUCCUCCUUCGGAAAAUCAACACCACGAUAGAGGCAACGGCGUGGCGCAUGCGAACCGGAUCGGUUCUCCAUCCGUCAGUGUCCGUGCCGGUCGCCGUCGGAGGGGACACUUGUAGCGGUGGGCGCCGCGGCGGGAGCUGGCGAUGGAUCGGAUCGGAGCACGGACCGUCAAAGUCCUUUGUACAGAUUCUUCUUCAGCUAGGACCAUGACGGCCGGGCGAGACAAGACCAGGAAAAAUUCCUGCCCUUCACAAACACACACCAGUCAGUGGUAGCACUACGUAGGCAUUCUCAGCUAGGGAGAUCCGGCGCCACAAAGAAGUGGCGCCCAACUGUAAAACCAACCAUUUUUUAUCCUUUUCUUUCAGUUUUUUUAUUUUUAGUUUUUUGGCAACACCUAUAGGAGGAGAGAAGACAGCAGACUGACAGGCCCUGAUUGGGAUGUAAGAUAGGUUGCCCGCCUGAAAGCAGGCUGGCAGCUAGAUCGAAUAAUCAAUCAAUCCAUCGAUCGACCGCGGCAAGGGCCAAAAGGAGGCCCCCGGGAGAGCGACCCCUUUGUAUUGUUUGUUACACGUCAAUGCAACUGGAAAUUGGCUUUCUUAUGGUUA